AUGGACUUGACUCGACUGCGGGAUCGAUGGGUGGAGGCAGGGGAGGGAUCAGCAGCGGAAAUGCAGGCUAUACUGGUUCCCUAUGACACUGUGCAGUACGUGGUGACAGUGCGGCCCAGGAAGGUGCCAGACACAGGCUCACACAGCGGCAACAUGGCCAAUGGACCCAUCAGUAGUGCUUCUCGGAGAGGCACUGAGCGAGGGAGGAUCCGCAUUCUGAGCCAUCUCAUCUCAGAGCAUGGCUGGCUUACAAUGACCGCAGGGCGUGGAAUGGGAGUCACAGGGACAGAAGGUGUUGCUCCCAGCGGUGGCGCGUCAGAGGGACGCAGUGGCGUGCUGGCGGAUGGACAUAACGUUGCUGCUCACUGGCGGUCAGCGGGGCGUGCUGGCAGUGCGUCCCAGGAAGGAGCCGUGCGAGGACACAUCGACAGUGCGUCCCAGAGAGAUGUUGUGCGGUUUAGGAGUGAGGAUCCGCCUGCUCAGCUGUCUCAGUCGUUUGCUCACCACAGCAGUAUGGUAACUUCCGACGCACUCUCCCCUGUGCUGUUUCCUGUGGUGUCUGCUCUGGUGCUGGUGAGUAUCCUCUGCUUGCUAUAG